CACGCAAGGAGCUAAGGCCCCUAGCUCUAGGCCUAGAGCUGCACACGACGGCUCAUAGAUCCCUCGACGAGGCCUCGGCUGAAUUUUUCCCUAGCCUCCACUCUCUCGACGAAGACAAACGGCCGGUUCAGUGAGAGGAGGUAUGUCGAACUCUCGCUGGCGAUCGGACGAUCGACGAUGGGCUUUGGGAGUCGCUCUGUGCCUAUGCGGAGCCGGUGCCGCCGCGCUGCACUGCACCAGACGGCGACGACGGCGAGCCGGCGAGAUCCAGGGACAGACAAACGGCACGAGACACCCAUCAAUUUCGCAGCGUGAAUCGCAGGACGGCGGGAGGGUGAGGAGAGGGUUGCCUCCCCGGCACGCCGGGUCGGACAGCUCUGGCAGUCUUUCGGACACAUACCCGGCCGUGGACAUAGGGGCGGUGCUCGGCGUAGACAUCGGGGGCACUUUGUCGAAGCUGGUGUACUUCGAGAAGAAGGCUCCUUCGGAGGCUGACCCUCAGUGUAAACCUUCAGGGGAUCCAAUGGGCAAAAAGGUGGAGAUGAAGCGGACGGUCAGCCUGGGCAACCUUCACGACACCAUGGAGCAGCAGGAGGCGCUGAAGGAGUUCUACACCUUCAUGGACCAGGCUUCCAGGGUCGGGGAGAGCGGCGUAAAGGAUGCCCACCUGAGCGUGUACAGCCACGCUCUCGGUGGAGUUCUUCACUUCUUCCACUUCGAGACGCGCUUCAUGGACCGUGCGGUUGAAGCCAUCGCCAACAGCCCCAUCCACCGCAACAUACAGGCCCUAGGCUGCACGGGUGGCGGUGCGUUCAAGUUCGAGGAGUCGUUCUUGCAGAGGCUCGGGGUAAGGAUGCUGCAGAUGAACGAGAUGGAGUGUCUCGUGAGGGGGAUGCAAUUCGCGCUCGCCAACAUCCAAGAAGCGUGCUACACGUACCGGCCGCCCGUGGAGGUGAAGAAAGAGGGGGCCCCGCCGGGGGGAGAGGCGGAGGAGGGGGAGGGUUCAGGGGGAGAUGAACCGGGCCCGGAUCCUCGGGACAACCUGAGGAACAAGAGGAUGCGUGAGAUGGCGGAAGUGUCAGCCAAGCGGGAAUACACGGUCAAGGUUGGUCGCUCGAUUGCGGACGAGCCCGCCACCACUGCCUAUCCGGCGUUGGUGGUGUCAUUGGGAUCAGGGGUUUCUAUCAUCAAGGUCGAUGGACCUGCCAAAUUCAAGCGUGUGAGCGGCAGUAGUAUCGGCGGGGGCACGUACUGGGGGCUGUGCCGACUCCUGACCGAAGCAACUAGCUACGAUGAGUCUCUGGAAAUGGCUCGUCGAGGCGACUCCGACAAGGUGGACAUGUUGGUCGGAGACAUUUACGGGCGAGGGUACAGCAAGUUUCAGCUGAGCUCCAACACUUUGGCGAGCUCGUUCGGAAAGGUGGGCGGGAUGGAGGCGCCAGGGAAGCCGGUGUCUGGGGUCAGCGAGGAAGAUCUAGUGCAAUCGCUGUUGGUGAUGAUCACCAUGAACAUCGGACAGGUGGCCUACUUGAACGCCAAGCUGCACAACACGCGGCGCAUCUACUUCGUUGGGAAUUUCUUGCGACACAACCGACUGUCCGGCCAGCAGCUGGCGUUCGCGAUAGACUACUGGAGCAGCGGGGAGAUGGAAGCCCUGUUUUUGGAGCACGAGGGGUACUGUGGCGCUCUUGGCUCCUUCCUCAUGUCAGGCACAGAGGAACCAAUAGGAGGGGGCGCUACCUCCGAAUCAACUGAGGACUAGGAUUGCGCUAGAUACGUGUGAACUUUUUUUAGGGUGGCGGAACGUGGAGAGUACGUCCGACGUAUGCUAUGGCUUUGUGUCUCGUGUGUGAUGCAAUGUGUGGUGCUCCUCGGUGUGCAGAGGUGUGUGUGUGCACCGUGAGGUAUUGUCUACUGGUGCACCUUGAGGUAGAGUCUACUGAAGCCACGCUCGCUUGGUACUAGACUGCUGCGCAAACUCCAAGCUUGUUGCAGGUUGUGUUUUCUGUUCGAUUGGAGCCGGAUGGUGGUGCCGUAGGGUGUGUUGUUCCUCAGACCGACCUGUCCUGUGUCUCCGUGUAGUGUUGUGGUGCCGCCCGUCGUACGACGAGUGCUGCAGUGCUUCAUCUACUGCUGCCGCUGUCUUGUACUUGUGUAAGGGAGAGUAUGUGAAAUAGUGGCGUAUCCCUUCACGGUACAUACUUCGUGGGGAAGGACUCCGCCUAGUGCCUGUCUUCAGGUCAGUUCUUCGCGGAUUUUGUGUGUGGGUAGUCUUGGACCAAUAUCUAGGAAGACUGUUGUAAGAUUGCGGGGGCUGUCUUUUGCUCUCGGGCGCUUUCUAUGUCCUUUAUUGUUGGAAGUUCCCGCGAUUGUUGAAGUCUUGCGUGUUGUAUGCUUGCACGAUUUCCAUAUUCGGUCCAGGGGUGUAGUGUGGUUCGGGCUUGUGUCGCCGAAUAGUAGAGAUUGUGACGUCGUGGGAAAGGGAAGGUUAGUUGUAAAUAUGUAAUCAUUUCUUAGAAUUCAGUAGAUUCCCGGAUGCACACGUGAGAAACAAACGUCACAGAGAGUUGAAACGGGUUUGUUCAACAUAUUCUCGCUGGCCUGCUUUGCCAACUCUACAGUAGCUCUUAUCCAGUCUGGUGUGCUGCGGCAAUUCAGCAUGCGUCCCAUCGUCGGCCGUUUUCAAGGCCCUUGUGUUUCCAAUCGUAACGUGGACUCCAGUGUGGACAUACCUGGUACCUGCAAACGGUGUUCCUGGUCGUGUUUCUUCGUGGUACGUGCAGA